AUCUAAGAGCAGAACAAUUCCAGCAGAGCCUGAAAUAGCUUCACAUGCUUUGCUGAGGACCUACAGAAGUACCAAGAGCAAGUGAGGAUGGAGGCAGGGAUGAAUGUCCUCCAUGACUUUGGGAUCCAAUCGACCCAUUACCUCCAAGUAAAUUAUAAGGACUCCAAGGACUGGUUCAUCUUGGUCUCAAUGCUUGCAGAUCUCAGGAAUGCCUUUUAUGUCCUCUUUCCCAUUUGGUUCCAUGUUCAAGAAACUGUAGGCAUCAAACUCCUCUGGGUGGCUGUGAUUGGAGACUGGCUCAAUUUGGUUUUUAAGUGGAUUCUUUUUGGACAGCGUCCAUACUGGUGGGUAUUAGACACUGACUACUACAUAAACACAUCUGUGCCUGUGAUAAAGCAGUUCCCCAUCACCUGUGAGACUGGACCAGGUAGUCCUUCAGGCCAUGCCAUGGGUGCAGCAGGUGUAUACUAUGUAAUUGUUACAUCCAUCCUCUCCCUUACUCGUGGAAAGAAGAAGCCGACUCUCAGGUUCCGGUGCCUGCACAUGCUUCUGUGGUUGGGGUUCUGGACUGUGCAGCUCAAUGUCUGCCUGUCCCGAAUCUAUCUUGCUGCCCAUUUCCCUCAUCAGGUUGUUGCUGGAGUCCUCUCAGGUAUUGCUGUUGCCGAAACUUUCCGACACAUCCAGAUCAUCUACAGUGCCAGUCUCAAGAAGUACAUUGCGAUCACCUUUUUCCUAUUUAGCUUUGCCAUUGGAUUUUACCUGAUGCUGAAGGCGAUGGGGAUUGACCUCCUAUGGACCCUAGAGAAAGCCAAAAGGUGGUGCGAGCGGCCAGAAUGGGUCCAUAUCGACACCACCCCCUUUGCCAGUCUGCUCAAGAACCUCGGGAUCCUCUUCGGCCUAGGCCUGGCGCUCAACUCCAGUAUGUAUAAGGAAAGUUGCAGAGGGAAACGGAAGAAGCAGCUGUCCUUCCGCCUGUGUUGUAUCGUGGCCUCGCUGGUCGUCCUGCAUCUUUUCGACGCUUUCAAACCCCCAUCCCAAGAGGAGAUGCUUUUCUACGCACUAUCUUUUUGCAAGAGCGCAGCGGUGCCUCUGACGUCGGUUAGCCUUAUUCCUUACUGCUUCUCUCAGAUCCUGGGCCAGUCCGAGAAGAAAUUUUUAUAGUGGACCCGAAGACUUGAAUAUUAAGUGUAAACGAAUUGUGCUACCCCGGGCGUAAGUGGUGCUCUGACGGCUUAUGGUGCGGCCGACGGGUUCUAGAGAGCCGCUGGCUCUCAUCCCAUUAGAGUCCUCAAUCCUUGUGCGUGGCCGAUUCCUUGAGAGCUGGUGAGGCUUCUGGGUGACCUGAAACAUUCCAGAGAACGUCUCUGAUUACAGAGAGACUGUUAGCCCUGGACUCUCUCAUGAAAGCAUGUUACUUUUAUUCUGUUCGAUCCGCAGUAGCACAACUUCCAGAUGAGACAGGCCUCGCCGGUCUCUAGUACCAGAGUUCAGACUGCGAAUCUCACUUGUAAAUUUUUCCAGGCCGUGUCCACUCAUACCACGACAAGGAGGAAGGAGCAGGAUGGUGGGGAAAGACGUAGAGGUGGAGGAGAAUUUCUGAGGAUUCCGGGUAUCAUACACACACACCCCAAAAAAAUCGUACAAUAAACAUUAGCUGAAUGGCACCAAUUAGUUUGAAUCGUCUAAGUGAAGGCAAUUUCCCUAAUGGGGACCAGCCUGCAAGAAUGAUACAUAGGCAGCAAGAUAAGUAAUUCUUCUUUUUUCCUGAAUGGUCAUAUGGUCAACAUACUACUACCAGUGUUUUUUAAAUGACUGAGAUGAGCUAGAUUCCCUACCUGUGUUAGCAUAGUCAGCCGUUUUUUGUUUGCCCUUGAUCACACCUGUUAAUAUUGUUUUUAUUUUUAAUAAAUGUUUUGAUACUCUUUUUUUUUAAAUCUAGUCCACUUUCUAAUGACUCCCCUCCAUCCUCCUCCAGCUCCACUUCCCUUCCUUACAACAAAAAAGUUUAGUUAAGCAAAACAAACCUACAUAUUAACCACAUCUGAUAACGUCGGUCUCACUCAACCCCUAGAGUCCAUCAUAAGGAGGAGGAAAGAUAUGUUUCACAAUCAGUCCUCUGAAACAGAGACUGUUCCCUACAUUGAUCAGAAUGCUGAUGUCUUUCAAUAUUGCCUUUUUUUUUUACAUUAUAGGUGUCAUCAUAUAAAUUAUUCUCUUAUACUCAGUCUUUCUCUAUAUCACAGCAGCUCAUUUUCCUCCUGCUGUCUCCCAUUGGCCCCACCUCCUCUACAUUAUUUUAUUCCCAGCUCUCUGGAAAAGCAAAUCCAUUCUGGUGCUUCUAUAUUUUUAGGUUAAGCUCUAGGAUAAUGGGGAAAAUGGCAAGGAGAGGGCAUCCUUUCCAGCUUCCCAAGAAGUCACUCCAAUGUUACAUUUGAUUCAUAGAGAGCAAAUGUGACUCCUUCCUCCCGCCCAAGUGGGAAAGGAAAGAAAAUGGGAGAAAAGACCAAACUCCUCUUUUCCUGUCCUCCAGAAGGGCUUCUCAGAUGAAUUUGCUUACAAAAGAGAGUUUCAAAACAAAAAAAUUUGAAGUCUAUUUAUUUGCCAGACCUUAUGUUUGCUAUCAAUUACAUAGACAGUACUGUGAUCUAUGCCAACAAUACUGGAAAUAAUAUCUGUAUAAGAAAAUAUAUAUGUAUGUAGUAUUUUAUUAAAACAUUUUUAAGAAAAACAA